AUGGCCGCUGCAGCUGCCCUGCCCAUGCAAGGGGCCGCCCCCACGUCCCACGGGCUCCAGGGGAGUGGCGGCGAGAGCGGUGGGUCUGGUGGCAAUCGGCCAAGUGGCCAGCCUCCUUCUUCCGGCCCUUCGUCCCCUACCACUCCCCCGGCAGCAGCACGCUACAACCUGACUUACACCGAGCGUCUGAUGAGUUCGGGCACGGGCGCCUUUCUCACCUCAGCCAUGAUGACCCCGUUUGAUGUAAUCAAGACGCGACUUCAAGCGCAAAAUCAACCUCGAUUCCAGAACUGUGUGCGCGAGGCGUACUGCGGCAUGGUGGAGAGUGGUCCCCCUUGCCCCACUUGUGGACGGCCCCGCCUGCAUCUCACCGGCACCGUGGACGCUUUUUAUCAAAUCUUCCGCCACGAAGGCGCCGCCGCCUUGUGGCGGGGCAUGGCCCCUACCAUGAUCAUGUCCGUGCCCAGCACAGUCAUUUACUUUAGCACCUACGAUGUCUUGCGCGACUCUGCUCCCAUCAAGGAUUGGACUUACGGUGCCGGCGUAGCUGGUGCCACCUCUCGCGUGUUUGCAGCGAGCAUUAUCUCUCCACUCGAGCUUGUCCGAACCAAGAUGCAGGCUGCUACCUAUAACAGCUAUCGCGAGUUGAUGCAAGUCGUGCAGACGGCGGUCAAGCUUGGCGGCGUCCGCGUGCUGUGGCGUGGUCUCGGCCCAACGCUGCUGCGCGACGUCCCCUUUUCAGCUUUGUAUUGGUUUGGGUAUGAACGGCUGCGCGAGACUCUGGGCCGGCAUCAGUUUGGGCCACAUUUCCGUGCGGAUACGUCUCCGUUGUGGAUUGCCUUUACGGCGGGAGCACUCUCUGGAACAGUGGCCGCGGCCAUCACUUUGCCUUUUGAUGUUAUCAAGACGCGUCAGCAAACGCUGCUGGGCGAGCUGGUAUCACAACUGGGUCGUGGAUCGAACGCGGCAGCAAGCUUGCGCAAGGGACGCGAAACGGCUUGGUACAUUAUCCGUGACGUGCUGCGCACUCACGGCUACCGCGGCUUGUGGGCCGGGUUGACGCCUCGAAUCGCCAAGACGGCACCGGCCUGUGCCAUAAUGAUUUCCACAUAUGAAUAUUCAAAGCGCAUCUUUAUGCAGCCCCCCCUCCAGGAUCAGUGA